AGGCUGGGUAUUUUGAAUCAAAGCAUUGCUGAACAGGGAGCCAAUGUCAGUCAACAAGCACAGGAGAGCUGAGUGAAUGGGACGUGGUAUGUGUCAGAACAAAGCGAGUAGAGUUUUGGAUGACCUCGGUUCAAUGGAACAUAGAACAUGGGACAUCAGCCAGGAGUGCAUUGGAAUGGUGGAGCAGAUGGUGCAAAGGACUUUGAUUACAAUGCAGCAUUGAGACACAUCAAAUGACUCACCCAAGGGACCUUUUCAACUAAUAUUCUCUGCUCCUCGUGAACAACACUGCUGUGAGGAAAUCUUAUCAAUUGGCUUAUUUUCAUUAUAACGACAUCCUGAACAUUCUGUGCAAAAGGAUAUUUGAAUCAUGCAAGUAAAAUGCCAAAGAUUUGGCGUCUUGAUAAAAACGGAAAGCUUCAGAACAACCUCGACUAGACAUUAACGGGGUUAAAGAGGAAGCAAACCAGUUUAUCUACUAUCCAUCUAAUGUGUCUUCUAUCUUCACUAAGAACUGAAAUGUUGCUCUCUCUGAGGUUAAAGGAAGCAGCAAAUGCCAAGAUAUUCCCAUCUGCAGCUCUAUAACUCUCUUCCGUGGUUGUGUCUCUUGACUUUGGAGGAACCAUUUGUUCUGUUGUAGAGUACCUUGCCAGGAAUAUCCAGACACUGUGAAGAUCUUUUUACUCCUUGAUUCAUCAUGGAUGUAGUGGCCUCAGGUGACAAGGAAAUAAAGGACCUAGAUGAGGAAUCCAUAUGGGACCUGAUUGAAAGCCAGCGCCACAUUAUCACCAACAAGGUCCGGCCCUGCCACAUCACACCCUUUCUGCGUCAGUGCCAUGUAAUUGGGGAGACAGACGAGGAAGAAAUUCUUUUUGCCCCUCACCUUAAACACCGGUGUAUGAGAACUGGGUAUAUGCUCGAUCUCUUAAGGACUCGGGGAAAGAAAGGAGGUGUUGCCUUUUUGGAGUCUUUAGGGUUUUAUAACCCUGAAAUUUAUACAUUAAUAACUGGGAAGGAACCUACCAGGGAUUGUAGCAGCAUACUCGUUGAGAAAGGAAAUUUGGGUUUGAUCCAGUUUCUAAUGAAUGAAGUGAUGAAGGUUCAGAAGUGGCUAGGUGAAGAGAAAGGCCACAAACAUCGGCUGCAUGAGAAAGUUCAAAGCUUGGAAGAGCAAAACCAGCAAUUGAAGACUGAGCUCAAGGAUUUGAAGGCAACUGAGGCCAAUUUGAGCAGGAUUAAGGUGGAUUGGAAUCGUCACCAUGAUGAAAUGAUUCGUCUGAAGGAGGAGAACUAUCAGAUAUUAAUGCGGUACACAAACACUCUGCAGGAGAAAGAAAUGUCUGUGGCACGGAGCAGAGAGUUACAUCAACAGGUGGGUGACCUUACAAUGGAGAAUAAGAAAUUAAAAAUGGAAUUUGAUGUUGAGCGGAGAAUGUCCUCCAAGCUGCGUGAAGCAAUCAAGCCGAAACAAGAAGAACUUUUAUAUUUGAAAGAAGAAAUUGAUAAACUAAGAUUAAGGAUCCAAGAAUUGCAAAUGAAACCAGUGACAAUGGAUAUCUUGGAACAGGAUCGUGUAGAAGCUCUGGAACACAGGCAGGAUCUGAUGAAACAAAUUAAUUCACUGCGGUUGGAGCUAGAUCAAGCUGCAAGUCUGAGGAAUGAGUAUCUAGAUGAAAAGGAGAAUAUGCUGAUGGAAUGUGCUACUCUGAAGAUUGACUGUGAUAUGUACAAGGAUAAAAUUAGCUCCCUCCAGAUACAAGUCUUAGAACUACAAAAGGAACGUGAUGAGGCUUAUGGAGCCAGGGAUGAGGCUCAAUUGCAAAUUAGCAAAAUGAUCAUGGACAAGGAUUUAUGUCGUCGACAAGUAAUUGAACUACAGGAUACGUAUCGUGAGCUGAAUAAGGAAAUGCUGCAGUUAAGGUCAAACAGGGACAGACAGGAGAAAGUAACAAAUAAUAAAACCCAGCCACGUGAAAAACCCAAACUGAAGCGUCUACAAGCAGUGAACCCCAGGACCAUCAGCUGCAACAGUGAUGACAGCAGCUGCAGCAGCCAGAGUGAUUUUUAUACAAACCUCAAGAAAACCGAAAGCUGUGAAUCGCUGAGCAGUGUCAGUUCUUCCUUCGUUGAACCACCCAGCAAGGAAUCUCUCUACAGACGUCAAACUGAAAACACCAUGGAAGAAUCAUUCAGCAACAGACAUUCUAUUGAUAACGAUGCUUUCCCAUCAGUAGAUGAUUGCACUGAUACUGACAGUGGCAAUGAAAAUAUUCCUGAUGUCAUAUCAUUCAAAAAGCCUGAGCCAUCCCCUGAAAGCUUAGUGUCUAUGACUGGAACCUCUACACCAUCAGGACAAGACCGGCCCUUCUUACGUGGGCCUCCUCAAAUGAAGUUGAUGAGCAGAAUAACUUUAUUUGAAUUCAAUGGCGACUGCAUCCUGGAUCAGAUUGAAAUCAUUGGUGGGAAUUCAACUGGAAUAUUCAUUCACAAGAUCAAACCUGGAUCUCCAGCAAAUAACUGUGGCCUUGAAUCAGGAUUUCAGAUCAUGAUGGUGGAAUAUAAUGGCAGAGAGCCAAAGAAGACCAUACUUGAGGAUGCCAGUUUAGAGGAGGGUGUUUGGACCUUGAAGCAAAUUAGAGGGAUGUGCUGUUUGGCCAUUAGGCCCAAGGGAGAGGCUUAUCAAACAUUGGUGGAAAAUAUUGAGAAGAAGGUCGCUACCUCUGGGGAUUCAUUCUACAUCCGAGUCAAUGUUACAUUUGAUAAGGAAAAUGGAGCUAUGGGAGGAUUUGCUAUCCAAUGCAAUGAAAUCCUACACAUCACUGACAGCGUGUACAGAGGCAGUAGUGAGUGGAAAGCAUUCAGAGUGAAUCCCAACACAAUGGCUGACAUGGAGGGUGGUACCAUUCCAAAUUACUACCGGGCUCAGCAGCUGUUAAUUGGGAUGAUUCAGAACAUGGCUCGACAGACUCCAUCAAUUAAAAAGCGAGAUCGAAAAACAUCUUCUUCAAGUCAAAAUAAACUUGUGAGAAUAGUCAGCACUGAUAAAAGUCAGAGAAAUCCACUUUGGUUAUCAUUUGACUGUGGUACCAUCAAUCCCGACAAAGAGCAAGAUGACCAACCUCCUGGUAAUUGCUUUACUUUAAUGCCGUACUCACUGGUCAGGCCCUGCCACCCGCCAUCUCUGCGACCAGUGAUCAUAGCGCCCACUCGAAUUGGAAAAAUUGUGCUUGAGAAGCUGAAAGGCCUAGCAGAGUAUGAAAAGUGUGGUUCUGAGUGCUUGAAUAAUGCAGAGUAUGCCGAGAAAGACAGAAAAGGGGAUAUUUUGGGUGUGAAGGAAGUACAGAACUUACUUUGCUCCUGUUAUACACGGACCGCAGUAGAGGCUGUAGUUGCUAAGAAUGUCCACUGCCUAAUGGAACUUGGUCUGGACUGUGUGAGGCGGUUACAUAAAGUGGAGAUCUAUCCCAUUGUCAUUAUCAUCCGUCUCUGUGAGAAAAACAUUAAGAAAAUUAAAAAAAUCUUGCAGAAAUAUGGAGUGACGGAGAAUUUGCUAUUGGAGUGUUCCCGAAGGGAGGAGACUUGCUUGGACACAUUGCCAUGCCUGUACAAUUGUAUUGCCGAUGGCUGGAGUGAUCUUGAUUCGCUCGUCACCUUAGUAAAAGCAGCAAUAAAGGAUGAACAAAAGAAAAUUGUCUGGAUUGAACAAGCACCACUCUAGUGUACUUGUAGAAGAAUUACCUGCAAGGGAAGUUGAAGAGUUUAAUAAUCAGUGAGUGAACUUUUCCCUCACUCUUAAUACACAGGUUGGGUGGAAAAGGAAAUUCCCAGUGGUAUAUUUUCAAACAGGAUCCUGUUAAUUUUUCAUCCAUACUUCUGGAAAUUCAGGUUGUUCUGUUUUACAAGUCGAUGAUCUAUUAUAUAUUUUCAGAUAUAUUUCCCCUGCAUGGUCCCUACCAUUCCCCCUCCCUCACCAGUCAGCAUCAUUGUAGCUUGAAGGGAGAGCGAAAUAGAAAAGGGGAAUACCCUUAUUGGGUGCAGAACAAAAGUAAAACUCCCUACUUCUGCAUUCCCUGGGCGCUGAAUAAGCAACUGUUUCCUUUAAGCUUUUUGAAUGUAAGUAGUCUUCUCAAAUAAUGCAAUAUUUCAAAUAAUUCAAUAUGAUAAAAACAAGUAAAUCAUGGUGGUGGGGAUAUUUCCAAUGAAUUUCUAUGACAAUGAUUAAAGUUAUAGACAGAUAUUUUAUACAAAAAGGUUGCAUAGGAUCUUUUAUUGCACUUACCAGAUGGGCUCCAGUGGUUCAAGAAGACACCUCACCACCACCUUCUCAAGGGGCAUUAGGGAUGGGCAACAAAUGUUGGCCUUGCCAGCGAAGCCCACAUCCCAUGAAAGAAUAAAAACUUAAAUAUCAUUACUAUUUUUCCCUAUUUUGUAAAUUACUUUGCGAUAUCAUUCUGAGUUUAAGGAAGAUUAUGGAAAUUGUUACAGAUAAGGAUGAGAGAGAACUGAAAUCCCUGUUCCCUUCCCUUACUGUCCGAAAUCAAUGUGUUUUUGAAAAGGAAGAUGUGGAUGUUUCUUAAAUCCUGAGUGCACGGUCAGUUUGAAUGACCAGCAGCACCAAAGUUAAACCCGUGCUUUCGGUGGGCUUAAAUGAAAAGGGUUAUUUAUUUAUUUUAUUUAUUCACUCAUUCACCCUGAAAAUUUUAUGCAAUGUCAAUCACUUAUCACUCACGCAUGCGCAUACACACUCUACCACACACACACACACACACACACACACACACACACACAGAGAAAAAUAUAGUUAAAGAGGAUAGUGUAUUUUUGCAAAUUACAAACAAACAGUUUGUAAGUCAUGUGAAUACCUAGCCUUAGGGCAGGGCUGAUGAAGAAGCAGGGCUCUUGAAGUGUAGCUAUGUGAAUUCAAUAACCAAAGUCAUGUAUCAAAGUCAUUGCAGGAUUCCCUCGAAGAGGGGAAUUUUCAGCAGGACAUGAAGUCAGUUGCUUUUGUAGUCUUAUUACUAGGAGGUUGGUUUUCUGUACUGGUGGACUUGAAAGAAACAGACUUGGAGACCUUAUGAUGUUACGAUCUUCUUUAUUAAAGCAUAGAUGUUGCUACCUUUA